AUGUACAUUGAACCGAGGGACGUAAUCCGACUGGAAACCCAGUACUGGUCUUUGGUAGAGAUUCCUCGUCAGGAGAAAGCGGAAACGGUGCCAGCGUUCGUUCUUCGUGCAUGUGCUAUAAUGGAGAAGACGCAAAAAUCUGGAGAAGGAGUGAAAACUUCCUCCAAACUUGCUGAAGAGGCUGCGGAUAGAAGAGAACGGAUAGAAAGACUGAAUGACAUGACAACAUCGCAGAUUGAAACAGAAAAUACACAAAUGACAAAUGAUUUGUACCGUCUACUUAAGAAGUAUACUGGACUGCGAAAUCUUAUAAGAGAAUUGAAGUCGGAGUACGUGAGCACAAAAGUGUACCCGAUGUUCCCCCGCUACACGAUGCUCAAAGACAUGAUCAAGGAUAUCAUGCACGAUCCUGACUACAUGGAGGUCUGCCAUGAAGUGGACCCAUAG